AUGUUAGAAAGUGAUGCCAAGUUUACAAUCUUCCCGAGGCAGAUAAAAGAUCAAGAGUCUAGAUUCCCCACUUGUUUCCUUUCCUUCAGACACACCAUGCUUAAGGUUCCAGAACACCAGGUUGCCGGCCAUCAAGCCCUCGGCGGGCACCUUGGUCCCCUCAUAGACGACUCAGGACGCUUCUACAAACCUCUGCAGGGUGAUGAACGUGGCUCCAAGGAAAUGUCAUUCUACACAUCGUUUUCUUCCAACACAAGGGUUCCAGAACACAUCAGGAGGUUCUUCCCGGUCUUUCAUGGCACUCAACUUGUAGAGGCAUCCGAUGGAUCUGGCAGGAAACCCCACCUUGUCUUGGAAGACGUCACUUCAGGCCAGUUUAAACCCUGCGUCAUGGACAUUAAGAUUGGUUCAAGAACAUGGUACUCAGAGUCUUCCGAGGACUACAUUCAAAGGUGCUUAAAGAAAGAUAUGGAAACCAGCAGUUUGUCUCUGGGGUUCAGGAUAUCAGGGCUGCAGGUAUAUGGUAACAAAGAAUCUGAAGUUUGGAAGCCUGAGAGGAAGGUCGUUCAGAAGCUUGAUGCUGAUGAAGUUAGGUUGGUCCUGAAAAGGUUUGUUUCCUCUGACCCCUCUCCUGACCUGGAAUCCAACCCCGAUUGUUGCUAUGCAUCGAGUGUUUAUGGUGGUUCUACUGGGAUCUUGGCCCAGUUGCUGGAGCUGAAGGCCUGGUUCGAGGAUCAGACUACCUAUCAUUUCAAUUCUUGUUCGGUUCUCAUGCUGUAUGAGAAGAAGCCAUUGCUUCCGAAGAAAGGAGGGAGUUCAGCUGCUGAAGUCAAGCUUAUUGACUUUGCUCAUGUCACUGAGGGCAAAGGCGUUAUUGAUCACAACUUCCUGGGAGGGCUGUGUUCGUUUAUAAAGUUCAUCUCUGAGAUCCUUACCAACCCAGAUGAACAAUCUCCCAGAGCUUGCUCGCAGUACUCGGAUAAGAAUGGUGGUGCCACUGAAAAUGGUGCUGCAGAAUCAAAAUAGCACUUAUUUGGUGGUAUGGUUUCCGGCCUAAGGCGUAUCAUGUUUUUAUGUUGACUAUGGUUUCUCACCUGUGUCCUGGAUGUGUUGACGAACUUCUAUUAACGCAAGAGGAGGAUAGCUUGUCGUUUAAACUGUUGUCGUUUGAAUUUUGAACAGAACUCAUGUACUUCUGACUCAUGUUUUACCAAGCCAAGUUCCCAGUUUUAAUUUUGCUGGUGAUUUACCCUGCCAAUGGAGGAAAUAUUCGCGUUAAUGCAGUUCUGAGAUGAAAGUAAAGGCAAGGGUUACCUUUAUCAACUUUUACAAAUUA